AUGAAUUCGACAUCAUCCUCGAACAUUAAUGUAGAAUAUCAAAGAACAAUUGGCAAUCAAAAUCAGCAAAGUGAUCAUAAUUCUUUAGAGUUUUUCACAGGUUCUGCACUAGCAUCUAUGAUUGCAAUGUCAUCCUUAGCACCGGCUAACAAUGCAAAUAUUCUGUUGGAUCUGUCCAAUAAAGAUGACGCGGUAAACAACAAUAACAGCAAAACAAUACUCGAACAACAUCCGUACAAUGAACAAAUUAAUUUUGAUGGUUUUCAAAGGCAAUUCGAGCCAUUGAUGAAUUAUUCUCGAUCAUUACUAUCAGAUAACUUAGAAGAAUCAAGUAAUACUAAAUAUAAUGCAAACUUAAAUUAUUCACACUCACAAAUAUGUACUAUUUCAUAA